UUGGAAGCGUUCCAGUCUCGAUGGAGACGUAACAUUCCUGAUCAAGUUCGGUUGUUCCCUUUUGCUGAAGUAGCAAGGAGGAGAUUGUUGCAGUAAUGUCACCAAAUCAGACCACAGUAGAGCGUGAGCCUAAAAUGAGCGUCAAAUGUAAAGAAUUUCUUAUGGAUGGCAGCAAAAGGCUACUAUUGGAUUGAUAAAUUGACCACUUUAACAGAUAGGCUCCACGUCUUUGACCCUGACUGAGAAAAUGAGUUUUUUUCCUGUGCCCAUUCUUUCUUUACCCAUCAAUAUUUAAAACACCCACAAAAAAAAACCCUCACAAAUUACACAUGAGUGUGUAUUAUUUGUGAGUGUAUAUCUUGUGAGAACUGUGGCCCUUUUGUCGUCUCUUUGAUUUUGGUUGCGUUAACUCCUUUGCAAAAUAAAAUCAAUUACAUAGUUUGCAUUCAGUCGUAAUAUAGCUUCCACAAUGUGAAUGCUAAUAUACAAUGGCAAACUCCAUGGUCACACAGCCUAGCCAUUAGCAUUUAUGUGUUUAAUGCUAGUGUUUUGUACAGUAAUGAUUACUUCAUUUGGAUAGUUUUACAAAAAUAGUAGUUUUCCUUAGAGUUGAAUAUAAUUAUUUGGAUUUGGAUUACACUUUUAUUUGAAUUAGGGAGCUAUUUUCAUAGAAGGAAAAUAUUACUAUGAAGAUUAUUACGACUAUUAACUCUCACUUUUUCAGAAAGUGCGACAUAAUAGUCUCUGAAUGUCACUUUGUUAAAUGUUGGUAAUAAAAAUCAGGAAAAGUGCUGAGAGCAAUACUGGACUUCCCCAAUAUCCCAAAUUGAGUACCAAACCUUUAUUUAGACCAGGAUUUAUUGAUCAUGUCAGAAAUGGAAUUAGCCCACAUUUUUUCCCAGUGGCAUUUUUCCCCCCCCAGAGGUCGUCGUGAAUGAUGGAGAACCUGUGCCACACCCUGGCGCCAUUAUGCCCUUGUCCUGCUGCUUUUGGGGGCCCUUUCUCCUCCUCUUGCCACAUGACUUCCCUUCCCCUGUCACCCAUCUCCUUCCCGCCGUCACCGACCACAGCUGAGUCGCUCCCAUCUUCCUCCUCUUCUUCCUCCUCCUCCUACUGCUCCCCGCUUUCUAACUGCAUGGUGUCCCAACAUCUGGAGUGUCCCCCGGGCACGUGGGACCAGGAUGACCUGACGUGCCUCAGCUGGUUACACCAACGGGGCAACCUUCUCCCACUCCAGCCGAUUCCUAAAGUGACGCUGCCUCAGACCCGGGAGGAGUACAUACGGGACCCCGCUUCAGCCAAGCCGCCGUACUCCUUCAGUAGCCUGAUUUUCAUGGCCAUAGAGGACUCAACGGACAAGAGGCUGCCGGUGAAGGACAUUUACGGCUGGAUUGUGGACAAGUUUCCCUACUACAAGACGGCCAGCGCAGGGUGGAGGAACUCGGUCAGGCACAAUCUGUCCUUGAGCAAGAGCUUCUGCCGCAUGGAUAGGGACAAAAGUCAGUCGGCAGGGAAAGGAUCUCUGUGGCGCGUGAAUCCAGAUCAUCGAACGUCGCUGUUGGAAGUUCUUCGGAAGACGCACGCCUACCACAGCAACAGCAGCAGCCUCAUAAACAAACCUGCCUUGUUGGAAGGCGUGGACUAUGGCGUGUCUGUAGUGUGCGACUCCAUGGAAAUGUCAGGCUGCGGUCUUUUGUCCCUUCCAGAUUGCCUCCCUCACACCCUGAUGCUGUCGCUGCCGUCGCCCCACAGCCCCAGCCAGGAUAAUCCCGCUUUCUCCGACCACCCGGAUUUCCCCUUGACACCGGAGCACGAGGAGUUGGUGGCCAUCGAGCCAGUGGAAUACCAAGCGGAGGAUCUGGCCGGGGAUUUGGACAAAGACCCACUGGCCGACAGCGGCUACAUCGAGCUGCACUACUACCAGUCCCCCGAGUACCAGUAUCUGGUCUUGCCCGACGACACUGAGCUGGACCUGGAGACGGUGGAGAUUCUGCAGCUGGACGCCGAGGCGCAGGAGGCAGCCGGCUCGCUGCUGGAUUUAGCAGGGAGCGGAUAUCAAUAGCCAUCUGAGUCUUUGUUGUAUUCUUAUAGGUGACAACAUCACUGCCCAAUGAUUGCAAACUUGUAGCUUUUUCUGAUAUGGGUACUACUAGUCUGCAUCACUUGAUUUUAAGCACUUGAUCAAUGCACCAAGUACAGUAGACAAAUGUUUUGAGACACUUAUAAGUGUUUUCCCAAACACUUUUACAUGUUUAAAUUUCCUGCAAAAUGACAAAAAUGAAGUAAGCCCCUCAGUGGCUCAGUACUACUAGUACGUCAAAAUUGUCCGAGGACAAACAGUAUGGUACUACAUAGACCUAGAGCUGGAUGACGUAUAGUCAAAAUCCUCGAUAACGGAUCCGGGCUACAGGUCACUAGUUACACCAAGUGGUUUUAAUAGUGCAAGACGGUAGUUAACUAAUAAGGUUUGAUUGAAUACUAGUAGGCCAAAAGUGGCACUAGUAGUGGAAAAUCAUGUAAAAAGUAUUUUUGCUUACACAUUUUUCUAAUCUAACAAAUAAAAUGUCAUUCUGUUA